CAAGCUCUCUGACUUUUGACAGCAAAUAAUUUUAGUUUUAUUGUCAUUUUGAUGUUUGAGCACUCGGAACACAAUUGACGCCGAAACAGAAACAAAUUUCGAGAAGUACAGUUUUAAAAAUUGUUAAUCGCAUUUAAACCCACACCAAUCAAGAAUGGGGAACGUGAUGGCGUCUACCGCAGGCGUCGACAACUCCCGCGUUUCCGCCGGAAUGCGUUUGCCGGAGGUGCCCCUCGCCCCCUCGGCCCAAAUGCCGGCUCAGCUGGUGGAGGCGUUAGAAGCGGAGGUUCGCAGGAAGGAGUUGAGCAAUCCCGGAACGGUAGAGGAGCUGCACAGUCGGUGUCGCGACAUCCAGGCCAAUACCUUUGAAGGGGCUAAGAUCAUGUUGAGCAAGGGCUUGAGCAACAACUUUCAAGUGACACACACCAUCAACAUGAAUUCGUCGACGCCAAGUGGCUAUCGUUUCGGAGCCACAUAUGUGGGAACUAAGCAGUACGGUCCAAAUGAGGCCUUUCCGGUUCUCCUGGCUGAGAUCGAUCCUAAGGGUAACCUUAAUGCAAAUGUGAUCCAUCAGUUGACAUCUCGGCUGCGUUGCAAGUUCGCCUCCCAGUUCCAGGACUCGAAAUUGGUGGCCACCCAGCUGACUGGAGACUAUCGCGGCCGAGACUACACAGUGUCUCUGACGAUGGGCAAUCCGGGCAUUUUGAAGGGCUCCGGAGUGAUUGUAUGCCAGUACUUGCAAGCAGUCACCCAGAGGUUGGCCCUCGGCUCGGAGUUGGCCUACCAGUACGGACCGAAUGUUCCCGGCCGCCAAGUGGCGGUGUUGUCGGCGGUGGGACGGUAUGCCGUCGGUGAUUCCGUGUGGUCGUGCAACUUGGGUCCCGGUGGCUUCCACCUCAGCUACUACCAGAAGGCCAGUGAUCAGCUGCAGAUCGGAGUCGAGGUGGAGACAAAUUUGCGCCUGCAAGAGUCCACGGCCACAGUGGGCUACCAGGUGGAUAUCCCGAAGGCAGAUCUGGUGUUUCGCGGCAGUGUCGAUUCCAAUUGGCACAUUGCCGGCGUCCUCGAGAAACGUCUACAGCCGAUGCCGUUUUCGUUGGCCAUCAGCGGUCGCAUGAAUCAUCUGGAGAACAGCUUUCGACUGGGCUGUGGUCUAAUGAUCGGAUGAGUUGAAUUGAUUCAAUUAAAGACUACUUAUCUAACAAGAUAACGAUGCUAUUAAACAGUAGGAUUUUUUGUUCUUCUAUUGCAAAAGGGGAUAUACUGAAGGGCACGAAAAUUACAAGAAUAUCAAGUCAAGAAACGAAAAGAUAAAGUACCAAGACUAAGCUAGUCAAAAACUGCCGAAACCUCAUAUGCUUUCCACAGUGUUCGGAUUCGAAAUUUUAAAUUGAAAUAUAUAUAAUCAAGUCGUAUCAAA